GAGAAGUCCGAGGAGGUUCUUGGCAAGAGCUACGUCAAGUUUGCUCCUGUUCGGCAGAACUCGGGCGACUUCGGCAUCAUCAUGGCGACUGUGGCGGCGAAGGAUGUGUACGUGACGUGGGACGGAGAUCCGUCUGGCUGGGGCGACUACCUUCGGAAGGUCAGGCUCCAGUACGACAAGACGGCGGAGGACAAGAAGAAGCUCUUGGGGCCGGAAUUGGUUUCCCGCCUCACGGACAAAGCCUGGGCAGUCUGCGCGGAAGUGGACUACAACCGUUUGAAGAAGCGGAGUGGCACCCGGUAUCUCCUUAUCUUCCUCCGGGACAAGUUGUGCCGCACUCCCGUGCCUGAUGUGGGCACUCGCCUUGAGGAGUUGUUUGUGAAGCUGAGGCGCAGCCCUGGAGUCUCGAUGGCUCAAUGGUCUCAACACUUGAGGGAGACCUACAAGCGACUCCAGAGGUCACUACUUCGAGUUCGACAGGAUCGGCAAUUACGUGGAGUGGAGGCACCUACGACCGGGACGUCCCCAACGGCGAGGGCGGAUCUGGAUGCUUCUCGGACUGAGUCUGGUUCUGGACCACCGGAAGAGAGACGCCCCCGAAGCCAUCCCGCAUCUCCGACUACGAGCGCUACUACCCGGGUGAUUCCGGAAGCUCCAGCAGCUGGUGAUGGAGAACGUGAUGGAGAUGGUGCGGUGGCGGAGGAGACCCGGGCAGCGUCAGAGGCCGGCGGGUCCCCUGGCAGCGAGUGGUCCUGGGGACGUGAUGAGUGGCGACACUGGGACUGGUCUGAAUGGCAGGGAGGUCGUCGCGGAGACGAAGAAGAUGAAGAGGACAUGCCUGGGACGAGCUCGAGGUUCAGGAAUGUGAUGUCCUGCCGAAGGUUAUCUGUGCUGGCCUCCACGCACAACUCCCUGAUGAUCGAAGACGUGGAGCGGGCACUACGUGAUCAAGAAGAAGAACUCCUGUUCAUGGAGAGCAAGGGCCAGCAAGAGCGCAAUUACCACCGCCCAAAGAGGACCUAUUGGGUGGAAGAAUCCCAGGAAUGGGGUCUCCUGGACUAUGAGCCGGAAGAGGAGGUGGAGCCUACGGUUCAUUGGGUUGGCCGGCAACUUCCUGAUGAGGUCCAUGCACGGCCUGAUCCUCCUGAAGUAUCUGCAGUACCGGAGGACGAGCUGAAAGAGCUGGAAGAGGCGUACGCAGUGUACGAAGGCAAGCUCCGGACCUUUGCCCAGGCCCGUGCCCUGAUGAAGAACAGGUCCUCGCCUUCCUACGGCAUCUUCAUGGUCACCCCCUGGGACCUGGACGUGAACGAAGACGUGAUCGGUGACGAUGGCAUUAUGCUGGCCACAGAGGAGGCGCAUGGCUGGAGGGCCCAUGGAGUGAUCGACUGUGGAGCUACGGAGACGGUGGCUUCGUUGCAGGCGAUCGAAGAACUCAUGGCUCGACGACGUGAGCUUCGCGAUGGACAAGAGGAAGCUAUACGGGUCUUUUCGGACGUGCGCAAGCAGUUCCGUUUUGGAAAUGGCCAGGAGCUGCAGGCCAGCUCCUACAUUGAGAUUCCCCAGCAGAUCAACGGUUGCACCUUCUAUCUCGGCAUCUUCACUCUCGACACGGAAGGGUACGUGCCGGUGCUCCUGGGCAUCAAGACUCUUCAUCGCCUGGGCACCGUCGUGGAUUUUGCAAACCACCGUGCAGCCUUCACCCGAGUAUGUCAAGAUUGGCUUCCCCUCGUGAACUGUGAGCGGACCGGGCACUUGUUAGUUGACAUGAGCCUGGACUGGAUGACCCCGAAAUUCACGACUGUCUACAUGGCGCGAGAGGGAUGGUUUGACUUGGGGACGGAGGUUGUUGAGGUUCCUUUUGAAGGGCAUGCUCCGGUUGAGGAUGAACAGGCAGCCAUGGCCAUGAUCCACAUGGAGAAGGAGAUCGCUCAGCGGGAGACAUUCGCCGUCAAGAUUCCGGACUCGGACAAGUACGACUUCAGCCGGGAGGAGAAGACGGAUCCGCGGGACCCAAGGGCUCAGGGUCCUCCAUGCAAUGGAACUCACGAGCCGAUGCCGAUGGGCCGUGGCUCUCUUUCCGGGAAGAACGGACAUGCGAUGUGGCUGACAUGCCAGAGGUGUCGCAUACGGCUGUCCUAUGUGCCGGCGAUUGGCGCUCAUGCCCGUUUCCGGCAGUCACCUCCCCUGGCCAAGGACGUGGAGGACACCCUCAAGGAGAAGAUCAACGAGGUGGAGACCCAGCCGGAGAUCCUGAACACCGCCAACGUGGCGCUGGAUGGUGCGGAACGCAGUCUGAUGAAGAAGCUGGACGCCGUGAGAGCGCAGAAGGAGACGGCCUACCAGCGGUCCAAGAUGAACCUGUCCAAGAAGAUGGCCAAGAGGGUCGGGGAGGAGACCGCAGAGGAGGCCGAGACUACUUCGCAACACAGCUGGAUUCUGCCGGAUGGCGGCGAGGAGAAGUAA